AUGGUAAGACUCGCUUUUCUUUUUGUCAGCUCUAUAUAUCUUGCUUUAAGUUCUGCUGUAAACACGGAAAAAAGAUUGUUAACAGACCUGUUUAAUGACUACGAUACGCAGCUGAAACCAGUGAAAAACUACACGGACGACAUUUUGGUAGGAAUUCAAAUGUUCCCUUUCCUUAUUCGUGACGUGGACGAGAGGUCGCAGACGUUCUCCACUUCGCUGUGGAUCGGCUACAGCUGGAUGGACGAAAACCUGGUGUGGAGUCCGAGUAACUAUAGUGGAAUCACUGGACUCCGAGUUAGUGUGGAAAAAGUCUGGAUACCCGGAAUAUGCAUCAUCAACGAAUUCACAGAUCAGAAAUGUUUGAACUUCGACGAAAAGGGGAUGGCUUUCCUGAUUUCUAAUGGUUUGGUGUACUACCUGAAGCCCCUAGAGAGCACGAUACAGUGUAAAUUGGAUGUGACUGCUUAUCCUUUUGAUGAACAAAUGUGUACGUUUAUUUUUUAUCCUUAUUCAAACAUAGCUCAUGACUUUGGGUUUUCAGUCAAUCUGACUAACAUCGACCUUACCUUUUACGAAAAAAAUGAGGAAUGGGUUGUUGUUUCAACCUCCAAAUCCUUUCCUCUGGACGAUAGAAUGCCGGGGUCUGUUGUUCGCACAGCACGUCUAAAUUUGAUCAUUCAACGGCUCCCUAGCUAUGUCAUCAUUAACAUUUUCAUCCCAAUUUUUAUUUUGUCAAUACUGAACCUUCUUUGCUUCCUAUUACCAAUUGAGUCAGGAGAGAAAAUGGGAAUGGUUCUAGCCAUUUUUCUGACCUUUGCAGUGUUUGUGACACUCAUCAGCGACUCUAUGCCAAAGUCCUCUGUAAACCUGUCUAUGUUUGGUAACUACGUAGCCGGGCAGUUAAUAAUCAGUGGAAUGACAAUCGUUUUGGAAACUAUUGUCAUCAAAAUUUAUUUUAAGGAAUGUACACCCCCACCAGAGACGAACGACGAGCAUUCCUUUCAUAAAUAUUUCUAUAAUCAACAAGGAACUGACUGUUAUGAUGCAGAUCGGUGGAAGCGGUUCGCCGUCAAAUUAGAACGUUAUUUUUGUGGUUUUACCGUUUUAACAACAAUGGCGACUGUCGUUUACCUGAUUAUAGGCCUAACUGUGAUGCGUCCAACUGUCAGGCAGUGA